AUGUCACUGGGAUCAUUGUACAAAACGCUUCACAAAGAUCAAAUUCAAUUAAAUUGGCCUCAUCGAUUAUCCAUUGCUUUACAAGCAGCCAAAAGCAUAAAUUAUCUGCAUAGACUGCAACAGCCCAUCUUACAUCGUGAUAUCAAAUCAUUGAACUUCCUAUUAGAGAAAUUUCAUGAAGGUUAUAUUGUAAAAGUGUGCGAUUUUGGUUUAGCUCAAGUACGCAGUGAAACAAUACGGCAAAGUGUAUUGGUUCAUGCUUUGCCUUGUACAUUACAAUGGACUGCUCCUGAGAUACUGCGUUUAAAAAAGCACACUGACAAGAGUGAUGUUUACAGCUUAGGUAUUGUUUAUUGGGAAUUAGCUUCAAAUGAAAUACCUUACAAUGGUCACCAAAGUGGCGUCAUUACUGAGUUUGUACUUCGUGGUGAUCGUUUGGAGAUACCCGAAAACACUCCAUCGAAAUUCGCUGAGCUAAUCAAGAAAUGUUGGACCGAAAAUCCUGAUGAUCGACCAAAUUGUUCUCAGUUGAUCGAAGUGAUUGAACAAUGCAUUGAAAAUCAAAGUAAUUUUGUUUAUAUUACUCUAUUUUGA